AUGAGUUCAGAUGAGGCUCGAGACCUGAGCAAUGAAGAGAAAACCAAGUCCGAGUCUUCAUCUUGUUCAACUUCAUCAACGUCCGUGGAAUCGCCUGAGAAAUGUAGAACAUUGACUAUUAACAGCCCAGCUGCCGGCGACCCUUUAGUCUUUCAGUACAAAUCACCUAAUGCAGAGUUUGUGGAUAUUUUAAAGUAAGUUAAUAUAAUAAUCUUAUCAUUUUUUGAUGAAUCUGUUUGUUGUGAUCGGUUUAAUAAUCUGAAUUUAGAUUGGCUGUGGAUGAGUUUGAAGGAUUAAAGCAAGUCGUUGCAAUGUCUGUUGGCAAUCUGGAUCAUUUAUACACGGCGGAGUAAGUUUUUUAAAGUAUUAUUAGCAUACUUGUUUUCAGUUAUGAAGCAUUAGAUGAAGUAUGUUGGAGGUUCAACAAAGCGGCCUCAACGAUUAGCAAUUUGUGGAAAGGGGCCACGAAGCCAGGUUCAAACACAGAGUUUGCGUCCACAAAACUGUUGAAUCGGAUUUUAACACAUUCGUAUAACAAGGCAGUAGACAAUGAGAAAGCUCUGAACAAACAUUAUGAAGCCUUUUCUUCAGAGACUUAUGGUGAAACAUCUUUCAAUCGGAUGCAGAUGAUCAUCGACGAACUGAAACCGACGAAUCAAGAUGUUUUUGUCGAUCUGGGAAGUGGAGUAGGACAAUUGGUAGCUCACAUGGCUGGAGGAUCUAAAGUUAAGAAGGCGUUUGGUAUUGAAAUUGCUCAAUUACCAGCAAAGUUUGCUGCAAAACUGGAAGAGGAGUUUAGGAAGUAAGUUUAAACGUUGUUUAUGUUUAUAGUUUUAUAAUUUUUAACUUAACGUUUAUAUUUUUAGACUUAUGAAGUUCUUUGGCAAGAAAGUUAGGCCAUUCAGUUUAGAACGAGGAAACUUUUUGGAGAGCAACUAUAGGGAGUUGAUAACUCAAGACGCGACCAUAAUAUUUAUUAAUAACUAUGCUUUUCAAUCUGAUUUGGAAGCCAAGAUCAAACAGAACUUGUUAAGCGAGUUGAAGAAUGGCACUAGGAUUAUCUCCACAAAACCUUAUGGUGCUCUAAACAAAAACAUAACUGAAAGACAGUUGAAUGGUAAGUUUUUUUUUCUCUUGACUAUUUGAAUUUUAGAUAUCUCUUCUAUCUUGGAUGUGGUCGAGUUGAAGAGGUGUCCAAACCCAUGUUCGUGGACUUCGAACGAUGUGCCGUACUAUCUGCACGUUGUUAAUCACGAAAAGGUAGGAAACAUUGAGUUUUUUGAACUUAACAUUGUUAUUUUAAUCUCAUUGUAUAUUUUUCAUAAUUCAUGUUGAAUUUAGCUUGAGAAAUAUUUCUUGAGUCUGAAGAACAACAAUUUGAAGUUGGAUUUGCGUCGUUCUGCUACACCGUCAUCGAAGAACUCUGACUCUCGUGAAUCUAGUGUACCUAGGAAGAGUUUGAAGAAGAAACAAAGAGAGUAUGAUCUGUAAGUAUCUUAAACUAAUAAAUACUGUCUUUUGUUAUAAUAAGAGCGUUAGUAUGUUGUUAUAUGUUCGUAUUUCAGCCAUGGUCCUACUACUCGCAGAAAAUGGCAAGCCUAUGUCUCUGAAGUGAUGCCUGAACCGAAAGUAGAAGCAGUACCAUCUAAGAAGGACGAAACCAUGAGUGACAAAGCCUCUAACGACUCUGACAGUGACUUUGAGGAGAAGAAAAGAAAGAAGUCAGUUACAGUUAAAGUCAAAGGAAGACCGAGACGAUCUGCAGACAAAAAGGACAUUUCGAACGACGCUGAAGAAGGUAUCGAACUCAUGCACAAACUGAUAUGCGAAGCUACUGAACUCAAGCCUGAAUCUAAUGGACAAAGCAAAGCGGAAUUAAAGCCUCCGAAAAAACUGAACAAAAAGAAGGAAAAAGAGAAGGAGAAGGUUCUACCUGAAAUUUCUGUGCCGUUUCCGAGCGUCGGUGUCAGCGGUUCGGUGAUCAACGCAUUAACCAACGAUACUGCCAAUGGAGAGUACAAGUAUCCAAACCUGGAAGUGUUCUUAUGUAGGUCUUUUAUGUUUUUAUAUUAAUAAAAUUUCAUAUUAUGCUUAUUUUUUAUAAUUUUAUAUUGUACUUACUAAUUGUUUUUAGCGGAGCUUCGAAGAGUGUACGAAGGUUUCUUGGACAACGUCAAACCAAACGGAUCUAACACAGACAAUGUAAGUCGAUAUAUAAUACUUUGGUGGUAAAACCAUCCUAAUUGAUAUUCGUGAUACCGGGUAAUACUUUUUGUAUAAUUUAGGCAAUAAACGUUCCAAAAGUGCCCACCAAUAAGUUGGGUCAUUGUCUUGUUGACAUAACGCGACGAAUGGACACUUUGAGAACCAAAUAUCUUGAAUUGGGCAGUGAAAUUGAUUCCCUGAGAGCUGAUGUUAUCAAUCUUGUUACCAAGUUCUCUCACACGGAUAUGCCCACUUUGUCCAAAAAACUUAAUGGUGACAUACAUACGCCUUCGACAAGUAAUCCUCAAGUGAUUCCAAAGCCGUAUACGUAAGUUGUUUUUUAAUUAGUGUUUUUCUUUUAGUGGUAUGAUCUUCAAUCAGUACUAUAUAAAGGUUAGGCUAAAAAUGAAAAAUUUUUAGUGGCCUAAACUCAACGGACAACAAACUCCCUACGGGUAUUGAAAACCAGAGCAAUCCUCAAUUGAAUGGUGCUUUGAAAAUUGGCGUUCAGAACGGGAAUAUGAACCUAAUCAACGCCCUAACAUCGCUAAUGGCAACAAACUUGAAUGAAACAGUUGAUCUCAAUUCAUUCAAUCAGAUGCCUACUGCCUCGCCUGUAGAGCUGAACCCAAUGACAGCGGACUUCACACAGCGUAAUCAGCUCAUCUACAAUCUUCUCUCCAGCAGCAAUGCCAUGGGAAUGGCCCCGAACUCGUUACUGGCCCUACGAUCAUUGUCAGUAGGCACCCCUCAGGCUUCUUUCGACACUUUUUCUAACUACUCCAACAUUGCAACCCCCAACAUGCUGCCUCAAAGACCAGGAGGAUACACGAAUGACUCGAGUCAUGUAAGUUUUCUUUAUCUUGACCUUUAACAACUCAUGCUGUUGAUUUGCAUGAUUUUUUAAAUGUCUGAAGUUUAUUUUUUUCGUUUGAUUUAUGUUUCUAAAUUACAGACUGACCAAAGAAAGAGGCAGGCUGAUAUGCGCGACGACGGAACAUCAGCCAAACGAUUCCACGAGAACGGGGCAUGA